AUGGCCGGGUUUGAAAUAAUACAGUACGGUGACGGAACUCGUGAUUAUAACGGCAUAAGUCAAGUUUACAUAGGCUCGCCAAAUCAAAGAGGCCAUGGUAUCGGUAGCUUCCUUGGCGGCUUGUUUAGACGUGUAUUACCAUUUUUAAAAAGCGGUGCAAAAGCUCUUGGCAAGGAAGCUUUAAAAUCAGGUAUAAAUAUUGCUACAGAUGUUUUGGAUCACAACGUACCAGUCAAAGAGGCGUUAAGUGCCAGAGCACGUGAAUCAGGUAAUAAUUUAAAACGAAAAGCUCAGCAAAAAAUCGACAGUCUUAUGAGCGGUUCAGGCUACGUUCCUGGUCAGUUGGCUAUUGCUAGUGAAUUCGUCGUACAAGGGCAAGGUGAUGAAUAUAUUGAUCUUGCUCAUACUAUGAUAAGUUUGCGAGUAAGUAUUACACGUAAAACUCCUGUCGCUGCUAGUUCUACGCCGCCUAAAGUAGCUCCUAUCAACAAUUUUAUGCAUUCAAUAUUUAAUCAAGUAGACGUGUUGUUUAACCAGAAGCCCGUAUCAACGCCCAAUAAUUUAUAUGCCUAUAGAGCGUAUAUAGAAACCCUACUAAACUAUGGCUUGGAUGCUAAAAAAUCACACUUAAGUACAGUUGGAUGGUGUUGCGAUACUCCAGGUAAAAUGGAUAGUGUUGAUGAUGAUAAUCUAGGAUUGAAGAAACGUCGUGAUUUAUUAACAUGUGAAAAAUCAGCCGAUUUUAUAGGACAUUUACAUUGUGACAUUUUUAAUCAAGAAAGAUUUCUUAUAAAUGGUGUAGAAAUGCGUUUACGUCUCACACGUGCACGUGAAGCUUUUUGUCUCAUGGACGCAUCGCCUAACGGUUGUAAUUUCGUUAUUACUGAAGCUAGUUUAAUAGUAAGAAGAGCUAAAAUAUCACCUGGUAUUCUGUUAGCACAUGCACGCAUGCUGGCAAAAACUACAGUGAAAUAUCCGUUAACAUGCGUCGAAGUAAAAGCUGUAUCGAUACCUGCAGGUGUGCAUGGUGAAACUAUUGACAACGUUAUUUUAGGUCAGAUACCUAGACGUUUAAUCAUAGGGUUUGUUGAUAAUAAAGCCUUUAACGGCGAUCGUACAAUGAAUCCCUUCAAUUUUCAACAUUUUGGUAUAAACUAUUUAUCGCUAUAUGUAGACGGCCGGCAAGUUCCGUCAAAACCAUUACAACCUGAUUUUUCAAAUAGUAAGCUGUAUGUAGAUGCUUAUCACACAUUAUUUUCGGGUACAGGAAUUCAUUUUUUAAAUGAAGGCAAUACAAUAGAUCGAUUCGAUUAUCCAAACGGCUUUUGUUUAUACACUUUUGACUUAACACCUGAUUUAUCAGCUAAUAGUAACAGUCAUUGGAAUCUGAUUCGUCAUGGUACUGUACGUAUAGAGGUUAGGUUUGAUAAAGGUUUAGAAUCAACCGUAAACUGUAUAGUGUAUGCUGAAUAUGAGAGUGUAUUAGAAAUAGACGCUUCCAGGCAAGUUACUAUAGAUUUUGCCGGCUAA